CGACUCUGAACACUCAAACAACGCUGAUCGUCUUGGAGAUCGUCGUGAGUUGUCCGUUUCUUCUCUUUUUCGUUCGCGUUUUCGUGUUUAAGUUAUUUGUUUACCGUUUGUGCAGUGUAUAACUAUUUAAGCUUCUUGUGGGUGACGGUGACACCGACAACCCCCACCUGACAUACUCCGCCUCCCCUUAUCGACGCGAGUGUUUGGUGACCAAAACUAAUCAAAUGACACGUGCUUGAAAUAUAAAAUUUACUAUCUAUCCCGCAUACGGACGACAACAACGGAGCAGGAGUAAACGAGGGAUUACCGACAUUGUUUAUCGAAUAUCAAAAUAUAACAAGAAAACGGCAUGUCCUUUCAGCGGAGCUACAGCAAGGUCUGGUGGGGUUCCGACAGCCAGGAGCACUCUUCGCUGCCAUCGCUCUCGUCUCUAACCAGCGGCGGGUUCUAUUCGCAGUCCAGCAAUAGCAACAGCCAGCCCUCGUCCCUGCUGGGCAACCUGUCCUGCAUCCAGGAGGUGGAGGAUGACAUCUCCAAGAUAUCGUCGUGGCACAAACAGGACAGUCCCGGCAGUCUGCGCAGUCAGGAUUCGGGAUUCUCGGACAAUGAGGAGUCCCACCAGCUGCUGCUGCAGCAGCAACUGCAGAAGAAUACACAACAAGAACAGCAAACACCCACGGCUUCGCCCGGCUCCGUCCAUUCCGUAGCCACGCCGCCCACUGUGGUCCGGAGGGUGGGAAACUCCUCAUUCUACUCGCCGUUGAUCAGCGAUACGCGCCGCAUUUCGUUCACCAGUGGACAGAGGACGCCCAAGUCGGCCACAGAGGCGGAGGCCGACGUGGAUGGGGAGCUGAAGGCCAGCCGCAGUCGCCUGUUUGAUCAAUUGGACAGCCUGAAGCUGGACGACGAUGCAGAGGAGGAGAAACACACAGCCACCGAGUCGAGCAAGCCGCCACGUCCGGCCAUUCGGCGCCGCAGGCGGUUGGCUCGGAAGCCCAAGCCCGAGCUGGAAGAGCUCUCGGCCAGCGAGGACGAGGAUGUAAAGGAACCGCUGCCGCCGUACAACAAUGAGACAGUUACCUUCGGUGGCAGCGGCGACCCGGAGGAGACUCUGCUCCCUGGCCUGCUCUCCCCCCUGCGCGUGCACUCCUCAGUGCGCUUCACGGCCAGCACGAGCACGCCCAAGACCAGAAGCAAGCAACCGAAAAAGGGGCACAGAGCUCAGACCACGCCAGUGGAGAGCUGGAUGGCCGGUCAGCGCUGGAAUGUGGACCAGGAGGUAAUGUGCACCCUCCAGCACAAGUCCAUCGCCCAGGAGGCGUACAAGAACUUCACCAUCACCACCAGUGCCGUCUCAAAACUGGUCCGUCAGCUGCAGCACCAAUCGCUGGCCCUGCAGGCGUACUUCGAGCGCAGCGAGCGAGUGCUAGGUGGCCUGCAGGCCACCACCCUGCCCGAGGCUCUGACCGGAGCUGGACAGCUGUUGGGCCACCUCGACGACUUCGUUGGCACCCUGGAGCGGCGGGCCAUCUUCUUUAACGAGACGCGGGUGGAGCGACGGCGCUACGAGCAACAUCUCGAGCAGAUCCGCACGGUGAGCCGGGACGCGCGGUAUUCGCUGGAGCGGCAGCACUACAUCAGCCUGGAGUCGCUGCUGGAGGAUGUACAGCUGCUGAAGCGGCACACCCUGAUCACGCUGCGCCUGAUCUUUGAGCGGCUUGUGCGUGUCCUGGUGCUGAGCAUCGAGCAAAGCCGCUGCGACCUCCUGCUGCGGGCCAACAUCAACAUGGUGGCCACCCUGAUGGGCAUCGACUACGACGGCUUCGCCUCGCUCUCGGACGCCUUCGUCCAGAACGAGGCCGUGCGCACCCUGCUCGUCAUCGUGCUGGACCACAGGCAGAGCUCCGUGCGCGCCCUCGCCCUCCAUGCAUUGGCCACUCUCUGCUGCGCGCCUCAGGCCAUCAACCAACUCGGUGGCUGCGGCGGCAUCGAGAUCCUGCGCGAUAUCUUGCAGGUUGAGGCCGCUGGGGAGCGGGGCGCCAUCGAGCGCCGCGAAGCAGUCUCUCUGCUGGCCCAAAUCACGGCCGCCUGGCACGGACCCGAGCACCGGGUGCCCGGGUUAAGGGACUGCGCCGAGUCCCUCGUGGCCGGACUGGCGGACCUGCUCCAACCCGACUGCUGUGCCCAGACCCUGCUCCUGUGCGCUGCGGCCUUGAACAACCUGAGCCGCAUGGAGGUCACCUCCCACUACUCCAUCAUGUCCAAAGAGGCCAUCUUCCGGCUGAUAGCCACGCUGGAGCACCAGAGUUGCGGCAUUAGUGUGUUCCUCUAUGAGCAAAUCGUUGGGAUGCUGCACAACAUGUCGCUGAACAAGAAGUGCCACAGCCACUUGGCCAACGGCACCAUCAUAAAUUUCAUCACGUCCGUUUACCAAACGGAAUUCUACAAGACCUACGGAUCACGUGCCGAAUGCGAUGCCCAGCGCCGCAGCAUCAAGACCAUUCUGCACACUCUGACGCGUCUGGCCCACGAUUCGCCCACCCUGGGUGCCGAGCUUCUGGAGCAGUGGCAUCUGCCCGAUUUGCUGCGUCAAUCUCUGGCCCUGCCCAAAUCCUCUGCUUCCGCCUUCACCUCCCCUGCUGCUGCUGCUGCCGCCGCUUCUGCUGGUCAGUUGGAUGGCAGCUACGCAGGGCAUAUAUCGCAAUUGGCGCGACAUUUGCUCAAGGCCCAUCAGCAGGAGCAGCUGCUGUUGGUCAGCGGAGCCACAGCCACAGCCUCAACCUCAGCCACGGCCACAGGAACCUUCAGCAGUGGCCAUCAGACGCCCGAGACCAGUUCCAGCUCCAACUGUAGCGCAAACUUUACUUCCAAUUCGGCUUCGAGUUCGCUGUCGUCGUCGUCGUCGCUGCUCAAAUUCAAUUUAACACGUCAGGAGAGUUUCGUCUAAUUUUCACCACCUGAGGAGGAGGUACCCGGACCCGGGCACGUACUUCGGGCAGAAGCAGGAAACUCAGACGUGCGUCAAGUGUUAUUACUUUGUCUAGGAAGUUGCGUGACCCGUUCAGAAGGAAUCGUUUCCGACCCCAUAAAGUAUAUAUAUUCUUGAUCAGCAUCAAUAGCCGAGUCGAUUGAG